ACAGGGCAAGAAGAAGGCAUGGUUCUGCUAUACAGCGGCAAAGCUCACUAAUAUUCUAUUGAAUCGCUUACGAUAAACUUCACCUGAGCGGUUAACUGUAAUACUCAGUCAUUUCCAAUAAUCGAGAUUAAUACCAUCUAUUAAAAAUUCAAAAUGGACCCUGCUGUAUUAGCAACAAUGGAAAGCGGAUGGGCUUCACUUUCAUCUUCAGAUAGUAAGUCACUUUUGAAAAAAUACCUUACUAAGGACGUCUUUGAACAACUAAAAAAUAAGAAAACCAGUUUUGGAUCUACACUUUUGGACUGUGUUCAAUCUGGAUUUCAGAACCACGAUUCUGGAGUUGGUAUCUAUGCACCCGAUGCCGAAGCCUAUACAGUAUUUGCACCUAUAUUUGAUCCAAUAAUUGAAGAUUACCAUAAGGGUUUCAAGCCCACUGACAAACAUCCCGCUAAAGAUUGGGGUGAUGUAAACACACUUGGAGACUUAGACCCAGAAGGAAAAUACAUAAUUUCAACGAGAGUACGAUGUGGUCGUUCAUUAGAUGGUUAUCCAUUUAAUCCUUGUUUAACUGAACAACAAUACAAGGAAAUGGAAGCUAAAGUUUCUUCUACACUAAAAGGCUUAUCCGGAGAGUUAAAAGGAGAAUUUUAUCCUUUAACUGGUAUGCCCAAAGACGUGCAGCAAAAACUUAUUGACGAUCAUUUUCUGUUCAAGGAGGGUGAUAGAUUUUUGCAGGCAGCUAAUGCAUCACGAUUUUGGCCAACUGGCCGUGGAAUAUAUCAUAAUGAAAACAAAACAUUCUUAGUAUGGUGCAAUGAAGAGGAUCAUUUAAGACUUAUUUCGAUGCAAAUGGGUGGAAACUUAGGCGAGGUAUACAAAAGACUUGUAACAGCAGUCAACGACGUUGAAAAAAGACUUCCUUUUUCACACAACGACCGUUUAGGUUUCUUAACAUUCUGUCCAACUAAUUUGGGUACAACUAUUCGAGCAUCUGUCCACAUACAAUUGCCAAAAUUAGCUGCUGACAAAACAAAAUUAGAAGAAGUUGCAUCUAAAUACAACUUACAAGUUAGAGGAACACGAGGUGAACAUACAGAUGCCGAAGGUGGAGUAUAUGAUAUUUCAAAUAAAAGAAGAAUGGGCUUGACUGAAUAUCAAGCUGUUAAAGAAAUGAAUGACGGAAUAAAAGAACUCAUUAAAAUUGAAGAACAAUUGUAAAAUGAAAUAUGAAAUAACAAUUUUAAAAAACAAAGUCUAGUCAGAUACAAUUUUAUCUAGUCAAUGCUUUUUUAAUUCAUUAUUUAAUCGUUAAUUUAUUUUUAAAGUAUAAUGUUUUUAUUUAAGCUGUAUUAGUUUUUAAAUAUUUAUAUAGGUUGGGUACUGAUUACCAUAAUUACUUGCAUAAUAUGC